AGUCUUCCUAUGAUGAACCUUAGAUUUUGUGCUUGAAGAACCAGGAAACUGAAACAUUUCCAGGAGGGUGUUAGCUCCGUAGGGACUCCCUCCGCUUAGGGCAGUGUCGGGGAAUUCCACUUCACUUCUUCCGGAUGCUCAGAAACCCUUUCAAGCACUUUGUGGGAAGCCAUCCACAACCAUGGCAAAUCCAAGACACCCAGUAGCAGGCCAUGCUGUAGCCCUGGUGCAGAUGGAGCGACUCCAGACAUUUGCCUUCUCCGUGUGCUGGUCAGACAACAGUGACACCUUUGUUCGCAGGAGCUGGGAUGAGUUUAGGCAGCUCCAGAAGAUCCUUAAGAAAACCUUCCCAGUGGAGGCGGGCCUGCUACGGAGAUCUGAAAGAGUUCUUCCCAAACUUCCUGAUGCUCCACUGCUGACACGUCGGGGGCACACUGGCCGAGGUCUGGUCCGUUUGCGGCUGCUGGACACCUAUGUACGGGCACUGCUGGCAACCUCAGAGCACAUACUGAGGAGCUGGGCACUCAGUGACUUCUUUGCCCCCAAGCCUCUGGAUCUGGAGCCAGGGCUGCCUCCUGGCAGCCUGGUGAUCCUGCCCACACCAGAGGAGCCAUUAUCCCAACCUACAGGCAGCCUCGCCAUUCACAGCCUGGAGGCUCAGAGCAUGCACUGUUUGCAGCCUUUCCACACCCGUGACACUAGAGACAGGCCUUUCCACACUCAGGCUCAAGAAAUUCUGGACGUAUUACUACGGCAUCCUUCAGGCUGGUGGCUGGUGGAGAACAAGGAGCAACAGAUAGCCUGGUUCCCAGCUCCCUACCUGGAGGAUGAAGCCCCAGGCCAAGGCCAGAAGUCAGGCCUGACUUUGCAAGGCACUGGGAGGCAGUUCUGUGCUACCCAGGGCUAUGAGGGCAGUUGCACCGAUGAGCUCUCUGUGCCCUCAGGGGCACGUGUGCACGUGCUGGAAACCUCAGACCGUGGCUGGUGGCUGUGCAGGUACCAUGGCCGGGUUGGCCUGUUCCCUGCGGUACUGUUGCAGCCCGAAGGCCUGGGCUCCCUCCUGGGCAGGCCAGGGCUCCUGGACAGCGGUGAGGAAGGCAAAGUGGCCGAGGACAGGAUUGCUGCCCCUGUGGUACCAACUCGCCCCUGUAUGAGUGCCAUCCAGAGGCGAUGCUGCUCCGUCACCCGCAGAGCACUGCGACAGGACCAAGGGACCCAGGCUCCCCCUUGAAGAAAUAUUUGUGUGGCCCUGCAGAGAGGGGUCCAGACCUGCCAAGGGAGUGGGUUGAGGGUGGGGCUGUACGGCUGGCAGGGUCGGGUGGCAGCAACGUGCUAUUUCCUCUAAAUAAAACUGGA